GUGAAACCUUCGUUUUUGGGCUUGAUAACUGUGAUAUUUGAUGAGCGUUAGCAUGGUUUAUACGGUUUGUUCCUUCUUGUGAAUUCUUCUGCUGUAAUUGCUUUAUUAUUAACUUUAAAGGGAUUGUUGAAUCUGGCUUUGUUUAUUUUAAGUUCCUUCUCAAAAAUUCGCAAUAGGAUUUUUUUAUAAUAUAAAAUAUGUCAAAACAGCAAUAUGUUAAUAAGCAAAUUCAGAACAUGGUCUCCUUUAUGGAGCAAGAAGCCGCCGAGAAAGCAAAUGAAAUAUUGAUAAAAGCCGAAGAAGAAUUUCUUCAAGAAAAAGAUCGCAUCUUACAAGAGGAGAAGACUAAAAUUCGAGAACAUUAUGAUAAACGCAUUAAACAAGUGGAACUUCAGAGAAAAAUUUUGUACUCAAAUGAAGUUAAUCAAAAUCGACUCCGCUUGCUGGAAGUUCAAAAUAAAUACGUCAAUGACGUCAUCUCUGAAGCUAAAGCCGAGCUGGUGAAAUUAUUCUCGGAUCAGGAAAAGUAUAAAAGUUUCUUAGAAAAAUUAAUUUUAGAGGGAAUGCUAACACUUUUGGAGCCUACUGUUACUAUUCAGUGCCGCCGGUGCGACGUCGCUCUUGCAGAGUGCGCAUUGAGAGCAGCUGAAGACGAGUUUUCCUGCGUUGUUUCGGGCAGAAGCUGCAGCGGCUCUGUCGGUAGCAGUUAUUUGCCGGUGGCCUGUGCCGGCGGGAUCCUUGUCUGUACACCGGAUGGGCGGAUCACAUGUGACCAAACUGUGGACAAGCGGCUGAACAGCAUAUCUUUUGAUAUGAUGCCUAGAAUCAGAGAAAUACUAUUUGGGUCGUCCAAGGACUUCAAGCCACUUUCUUAAACGAGCUUCUGGCUAUAAACACAC